UUCUCAGUCCUCCCGCGCGAGUCCCGCGGCCGCCGCAACGGCCCCUCCGGAGCGGCCUUACGGAGCCUCGACGGUCGGACCGACGGACAGGACCCGGAGAGUAGUGCAGGGUGCCAGGCGCUACGGCCAGAUUCCAGAGUCGGGAGGGCAUUCCAGUGGUGGACAGCCUGGCCACAGGUGUGACGAUGGGCAUGCGUGUGGCUUCUGACUGGUCCAGGCAGCUGAAAGAGUCAUGGCCAGGCCCACCCAGACUGGCCACCUGGGAGCUCCUCAGUGCCCUGAAGCUUUGGCCUCAGUUUUGUCAGCUGUGAAUUGGGACUGUGGCUGCCAAGGGCGGAUGGACACGUUCAGCACCAAGAGCCUGGCCCUGCAGGCGCAGAAGAAGCUGCUGGGCAAGAUGGCGUCCAAGGCCACGGUGGCCGUGUUCAUCGAUGACGCGAGCGGCGAGGUGCUGGACGAGCUGUACCGCGCCACCAAGGAGUUCACCCGCAGCCGCAAGGAGGCCCAGAGGAUGGUCAAGAACCUGGUCAAGGUGGCCGUGAAGCUGGGCGUCCUGCUCCGCGGCGGCCAGCUGGGCGGCGAGGAGCUGGCGCUGCUGCAGCGCUUCCGCCAGGGGGCGCGCCGCCUCGCCAUGACGGCCGUGAGCUUCCACCAGGUGGACUUCACCUUCGACCGGCGCGUGCUGGCCGCCGGCCUGCACGAGUGCCGGGACCUGCUGCACCAGGCCGUGGGCGCGCACCUGACCGCCAAGUCCCACGGCCGCAUCAACCACGUCUUCGGCCACUUGGCCGACUGCGACUUUCUGGCCGCGCUCUACGGCCCCACCGAGCCCUACCGCUCACACCUGCGCCGGAUCUGCGAGGGCCUCACCCGGAUGCUGGACGAGGACAGCAUAUGACCUCCGGCCCGGGGUUUCCUGAGGGGGGAGGGGGGUGGGGGUCGUUCUAGAACCUCUUUUCUCCCGCCCGAUUCUGGCCAAAUCCCCGGGACGGGCGCCCGUCCCCCCGAGAGGAUGCUGAUCCGUUGGAGGCAGCGGUUUUAAGGACUCUCCUCCCGCACCGUCUCAACAGAAGAGCUCAGCCUGCGGGGGCGCGGCCUCCCCACGCACCCCGAGGCUGCUGCCCACCCAGGCCUGCCUGACCUGACCCCCAGCACCCCUACACUCCCUCGAUGCUUCUGAAGGCUGGCACCUGCCACCUCGUCAUGUUAACGAUGUUGCCUGUUCCUUCCGACAGGGUCGUGGUGAACGGGAAGAAAGGGAGUGUUGUGGGGGUGAGCUGCAGCUCCCCAAAUUCUUUGGUUGAAGUUCUAGCCCCCAGAACCUCUGAAUGCACCCUUGUUUGGAAAUAGGGUCCUCGCCGAUGGAAUCAGUUGAGGUCACGCUGGAGUGGGGGUGGGCCCCUGGUGCAGCAUGACUGGCGUCCUCGUAAGGGGACAUUCAGACAGAGAAGGCCGUGUGAAGGUGGGGGCAGACUCUGGAUGGCUGUGUCUACCAGCCAGGACUGCCAGCAGCCUCCAGAAGCUGGGAGAGCCGCCUGAACGGCCUUCGGAAGGAACCAGCCCAAGGGACACCUUGACUGCAGACUCCCGCCUCCGCCUCCAGGGCUAGGAGGGCACAGAUUCCCGCUCUUGCCCUGGGGGUCGAGCGCAGGGAGCCAGGAGAGCGCUGGGGUGGGGGCUGUGGGCGAGGAUGCCUCCAUUUGGUUGGGAUCGCUGCCCUGACUCCCACGCGGGAGGGGACGGAGUGUGCCCCUUGCUUGGGGCUCAAGGGUCUUUCCCAAGACCUCCGAGAGCAAAGCUCGGCCAAUUUUGGCUUUGGCGACACCCCCGGAAGACGCGCCACUCUCACCUCGGGGCACAGAUGGGCACGUGGGGUGUGGGAGUGAAUCUGUGACUUGUGUGUCGGAAGGGGACACGCGUUUUAACAGGCCGCAGAACGCUCUACAGGCCAGUCCCCUGACGCGCCGGGAAGGUGACUCUGGGCGCCCGCGGGGACGGGGAAAAUGACGUCCCCUGACCGUUUUUGGCAGAGCCAGGUCUGUUGGGCGAAGCCUUCACACGGGAGGCCUGCAGGCCUUUUUAGGCCAGAAGAUGGGUUUGGUUGACUCCGUCCGUCGUUCGAGACGUUUGGCAUUAGUUAAAAACAAGGAAGUUACACGUACCAAUCUAGGUUUGGAGUUUUCUCGAAAACUUGGCCUGAGCCUGCACUGCCUGCUGGUGAGGCUGCAUGGAUGGGCGCGGCCCCCCUGGCCUGCCACAGUCCCCACCUGGCCCUUUCGCCCACCCCACCCCCCACCCCGGCCUGCUGCAACAGCCCACAAGCCAUUACGGCCCCCGAUGCAGGGUGGCCUUUCUGUGGUUUUUCCCUGAAAAAGCCCAAGGUCUCAUGCCCAAGAGCCACUGCUCCCACCUCUGCCCCAGCCCUCGAAGGCAAACCUGUCCUCCCAUCUUCCGUCGGGAGACCGUUCGCAUUCAGGAAGGGACGCGCAUUCUGAGUACCCGAGAAGCCCCCCAUGAGCACCUUUGUCCUCGGCUUUGCACGCGGACUCCAUCAACCAACGUGCAUAACGCUUUGUACUUGUGCCCUGCUGGGCUGUCCAGCCUGCCUGGACUCUUUCCAUAAAUCUGAGAUUUAAUUUAGAAAAACCAAAGAGCACGACACGGCUCUCCAAAUAAAAGCACACAUCUUCGGUCGGCA